AUGUCAGAAGCUUGGAUCACACUGGCAACCAACGAUCGGUACGCGCAAGGUGCGCUCACUCUGCUCAACUCGCUUCACUCAUCGGGAACGAACCGAAAAAUUCAUUGCCUAAUUACCAAUGAGAUCUCUUCAAGUGUUCGCCAGGAACUCGAAGACAAGUUUGAUGAGGUCACUGUGGUAGACGUUUUCAACAGCAACGACUCGGACAAUCUCGCGUUGAUCGGACGACCGGACCUUGGAGUCACUUUCACCAAAAUUCAUUGUUGGCGUCUCACUCAAUACACCAAAGCCGUUUUCCUCGAUGCCGAUACAAUGGUCAUUCGAAAUUCCGAUGAGCUGUUUGAGCGUCCCGAUUUCUCAGCAGCGGCUGAUAUUGGCUGGCCUGAUAUGUUCAACUCUGGAGUUUUCGUUUUUUCGCCUUCCCUGGAAACCUAUCGAGCUCUUGUUGCUAUCGCCACUUCAUCUGGAUCCUUCGAUGGAGGCGAUCAAGGUCUUCUGAACGAGUACUUCUCCAACUGGCGCGACCUCCCAUCCGCUCAUCGUUUGCCAUUCAUCUACAACAUGACUGCUGGCGAGUUCUACUCCUACGCGGCCGCCUACAGAAAAUAUGGCGCCCAGACCAAAAUCGUCCACUUUAUUGGAGCUGAGAAGCCAUGGAGCUCGAAUACCAGAGAAAUCGGAAUCCACAAAAGCGAGCACUGUCAACAAUGGCACACAUUCAGUCAGCAAAAGUUUUCACCAACGAAGAAGGCUCAGGGACCACGCUCGUCUCAAGUGUCUCACGAUGAUACGGAAAUGCAACGUGUCGCAUGGGAAGCUGGACAUCCGGACUACUUGGGAAAAGACGCUUUCAAGAACAUCCAAAAGGCACUUGAUGAGAGCAUGGCUGAUGCGAAACCUAAAGGCCAGUAG